AUGGGUUUCUUUCUUAGAUCUCAGGCGGUUGCCCGUCGAUCAGCCACUGCCUGCGGUCCCAAUGCCCUGCGAUGCACGCCCCUGCGAAGGUACAGCUCAGCUUCGGCUGAUGGGACGCUGCCUUUGGCGGGGAUAAGAGUGCUUGAUAUGACGCGUGUUCUGGCUGGUCCAUACUGUACUCAAAUCUUGGGCGAUUUAGGGUAUGCCGUGUUCCCCACAGCGAACAUUUUGUUCCAAUCUAUAGGUGUCACAUAUUGA